CCUGCAUUGAACCACCAUGGACGUUGGAGCAAUAUCCUUUCUGCAAUUACCUGUUGAAAUUUUAUGUGACGUCCUCCAGGUCCUCUCUGUCAAGGAUCUUCUCCAGUGCAACUUGGUCUGUAAACGUCUACGGAGAAUCAUAAACGAGUCGUCGGCUCUGCAAUUUACUAUCGAGCUUGCAAGAUGUCGUAUGAAACCUGCGCCUACCUCUAAACUUCCCAUUUCUUCUCGUCUUCGCAUACUUCGGGAUCGUGAAAAUUCAUGGAGAACAUUUAGUCCCAAAUCCCAACACAAACUCAAAUUAAAUCAUUCUGGUACAGUAUAUGAAUUUGCUGGAGGAGUCUAUGGAAUUGGGAAGGAGAUCGACCGGCGUACAGCUUACAUUACAUUCUAUGAUCUUCAUAGCGUCAUGUCCGGUGCACAGCGCAGUAUCACCCAUACUUUCACCGACGUCAACGUUAUCGACUUUACUAUGGAUCCCGCGCAGGAUCUGCUUGUUCUAGUUUCAAUGAAUGAAGAUUCUCCGUACUUGUAUGAUUUACAUCUGCGAACGCUUUCUUUGAACGAGCCGCACCCGCUUGCACCAUCCCCAAUACUACCGUGCUAUCGGAAGCUCCCAGGUUUGAAUUUGACAGAAGGUGCUGUUCAAAUUCAGAUUUCGGGAGAUGUGAUCGGCUUCCUCGUCAAGGAGGCAUUGUUGUCUCUACGAGCCCAUUUCGAAGUGUUCAAAUGGCAAGCCGUCUCUCCAAACUCAUGCAUGGUUAAGUCGUUGUUUGGUAUUGACGAUUUCACCUUCUUGUCUGAAGAUCAUUUUCUUCUUGUGGAACCAAAUGGAUUGUUCGACGUUUAUAGUUUUUCGGAUUCCAUAUCAGAUCCAACAAAUCCGAUUCUCCGCGCCUGUUACGAGUUACCUAUGCUAUCUCCUGCGUACAGCUUCUGGUACAUCAGUCUCAGCAGUAAUCCAUCACCACGUUUUCCAGGACCUACCGGGGAGGAAAAGACAUAUCAUUGCUCUCCAGCUGAUCGACUUCAUGCGUGUUGCAUAUACGUGUAUCAAUCUGCCUUGCCUAAUAGAGACACCGUAUAUCCCUUCGUAUUCUUCUUCCAUCCUGACACGUUAUUAAAUCCACCUUUGCCUCGGAAACCCUCUUCCGGAAACGCAGGGAUAGAUCUAUUUUCUACAUGGCAGGGUCCUAACGCAAUUGAAGCGUCCUCGCCUUCCACUCUGGACUAUAAUAGUCCGGUUCUCUCCGACUUGGUUUCCUCCUCCGCAUCAUCCGCACCCUCUUCCCCUCAAUCAGGCUCCUCCGCAUCAUCUGUCUCAUCGGAUGAUACUUCACACAAUCUCCUUAACUUUCCCACUCCUCGAGCUAUUCACGCGGGGUCUUCAUCCAUGCUCUUCGAUACCUCUCCCUCGACCUCCGGUCGAGCAACUCCAUCUAGCACACAAUCGCGCAUCCCUAUUCCCUGGGAAGCAUGGGGUCCUCAGAAUACACGAUGGUUCCUAGAGCACUUAAGCAAAGAUUGGCAACGUUCAAUAUACGGUCUUCGCACAGCAGACUGCGUGGUCGAUAGAGCCGCUUUAGAGGACUUACUCCAUUGUGAUGGCAGUCGCGAUUUGAGUGGAAAUUCAGAAUACAGACAUGGUGACAGUGACUCUGAUAACGAAGACAAUGGCGGAGACGAAUCAGACGAAGAUGAAGAUGCUUUUAUUUUCGACGAAGCCGUAGGUGACAUUGAAAGCCAAUUGGGAUGCACGAGCACGUUACCAAAAUUUCUUCGGGUACGGGACUUCAACCCGUAUUCGAUUUCCAAGGCUUUGGAAGAAGAGGAGGAAAUUCCGGGUACUCAGGAUCCACCCUUGCCCCGAACACCUUGUUCCCCGUCGUAUGAUGUUCAGGAGAUUGGUGGAUGCUCGCCAGAUAUGAUCCGAGAUCGCGGCGGAUACAGACGCGUCGUUAAUGGACCCACGAAAGUCAAUGUUCGAGGAGUGUUCAGGGAGAAUAUCGUCUCGUGUCUUCCUUAUGUGGAGGUCAUCAGCAAAGAUACUUUCAAUGUGAAUGAGAUCAUGAUGGAUGAUUGCAGGUUACUUCUUAUUAAGAGAGGCAGAGGACAAAAAUUGAAAACCAUCAAUGUUUUGACCAUGUAGAUUUGUGGCACGGCGGCAUAAAACAUUGAUGGUCUCCAUCUUCGUAUGCGAAACACUGUUUAUGAUAUCUCUAACCUGGUGUAUGUUGGUAAACCAUCAUCUCAUUGUACUACUACAUAAGACACAAAUUUCAAGACAGUAUGAUGCAGG